GAAACACAAUAGAUAAUAUCGUUACCCUAAUCUCUCUGUCUACACCGCGUCUCGGUGAGAAACAAAGCAAGAACCGAGAGAAACGAAAAUACAAGUAAAAGGAGCUAUACAGGAACUAGGUCAUGUCUGGUAUGUAUGGUCAAGACGGUGAUUCUGGUCCUCCGUCUUACGGCGGCGGAGGUGGAUAUGGAGGUUACGGAGGCGAUGGUGGCGGACGUGGUGGAUAUGGUGGUCGAGGUGGUGGUGGAGGCGGGGGAAGAGGCGGAGGAGGAGGAUAUGGUGGUCCUUCGCAAAGUCGAGGAGGUGGAUACCAAGGAGGAGAUCGGGGAGGCAGAGGAGGCGGCGGAAGAGGUGGUGGCCGAGGUGGAAGCGGCAGGGAAGGUGAUUGGCCUUGCCCUAAACCAGGUUGUGGGAAUUUGAACUUUGCAAGAAGAGUUGCUUGUAAUAAAUGCGGUACUCCUGCUCCUGCUGCUGGCCAAAAUGAUCGCAGUGAUGGUGAUGGUGGUUAUAGAGGAGGAAGUGGUGGAGGAUAUGGUGGUAAUAGAGGAGGAAGAGGUGGUGAUAGUUAUGAUGGUAAUAGAAGUAGUAAUUAUAACGAUGGAAGCAGAGGAGGUGGUUAUGAUAAUAGAAGUGGGAAUAGAGGUGGGUCUUACAGUGGUAAUCAAGGAAGAGAUGAUAGUGGAUACAAUCAAGCUCCACCACCAUCUCUCCCUUCAUAUGGUGGUGGUGGAGGUAAUUAUCCACCGGCUCCGAACUCAUAUGGUGGGAAUGCUAACUACGGAAUGGAAGCAGUUCCUCCACCUACAAGCUAUACUGGUGGACCCACAUCAUACCCUCCAUCUUAUGGUGGUCCUGCUAGUGGUUAUGGGGGUGAUGCUACAGGUGAGGUGAGGAGUGGUGGACGAGGUGGUCAACCUGGUGGGUAUGAAGGUGGACGUGGUGGUGGUGGUUCUCGAAAUCAGGGAGGUAGUGGUUAUGGGGCUGCUCCUGCUGAUGCCCCGGCUAAAAUUAAGCAGUGCGAUGAUAAUUGUGGCGAUACUUGUGACAAUGCAAGAAUAUAUAUAUCUAAUUUGCCACCUGAUGUGACCAUUGAAGAACUGAGAGAACUUUUUGGCGGCAUUGGACAAGUUGGAAGGAUUAAGCAGAAGCGGGGCUAUAAAGAUCAAUGGCCCUGGAAUAUAAAGAUAUACACUGAUGAGAAUGGAAACAACAAAGGUGAUGCCUGUUUGGCAUAUGAAGACCCAUCUGCUGCUCACUCUGCUGGCGGUUUUUACAACAAUUAUGAUUUCAGGGGCUAUAAAAUCAAUGUUGCAAUGGCAGAAAAGUCAGCUCCGAGGCAACCUGCACAUGACCAUGGUGGUGGUAGAGGUGGCUAUGGUGGUGGAGGUCGACGCAGGGAUAAUUACCGAGAUGGUGGGAAUUCUGGUCCAGACAGGCAUCAACAUGGUGGAAAUCGAUCACGUCCUUACUGAGAGUGUCAUCUGAGCUGUUUAUGUACUAAGAAUUAUGAUCUGAGGGAUUUAAUUAUAUUCCUUUUCCUGGGGUUGUUCUUGAACUGGAGACUAAGAGGUAGGUUGUUCACUUGCACUGAGCAGUACCCCUUUUUCUCCUUUACUUGUUAUCUGUUGGUACCUGGAGGGGUUUCUGCUUUAGGCAUCGGAUUGAUUUAAUUGUGUGAAUGUUUUUAUAGAGGCAAGUGGAUAAUCUCCAAAUUGCUUGCUGCUAAGGUAGGUUGAUAUUUUCAGGUGAGUCGCACCUCUUUCAAAAUCACGCUUUAUACUUGUUUUAGGAUGCACAUCGUGGUGCAUUAUAGAACUACCUCUUUAAUGUGGCAUGGGAAUUUGGAUUUGGUGCAUGCAUCCGCCCUAGCUAACAUGGCAAAUAAGUUAAAAAACGGUUGAUCAUUGAAGAGCAUUUCAAGCCUGGUUUGUCAUACCGGUUGGUAGAUAGCAAUUCCACAACAAUCUGUUUUGUAGCCUUUCCCCUUUUUCUGCUCUAGUUUGUUGUUGGUAGUUUAUACUUUACAUACAAAAUAGAAUUAGGCAAUGUUCAAAAUCUGGUCAGGGCGGUAGUGCCAUGAAGGAGAAUCCCAUUUCUAUUCAUGUAUUUUUGUUAAUUUCCAGAGUUAAACUAGGUUUAUAUGAUAUACCUACCCUAGUUGUUCACCUAAAUCUUUUUAUGCUUGAAAGAAUAUGCUCGCGUGUAUGUAGAAAUUACUUGCAUUAUUGUUUCGCAUCUGCCUUUUUUCUCUCUCCAUAUAUUGUAUUUCAUAGGGAUAUAUAUUAGCGGUUAGUAUGAGCACAGUAUCACCUCAAACAAACCAUGAACAUGUUGAUUUCAAGAUCUCAAAGGGCUAUAAUCUAUGGAAAUUUUCUUGUUAGUUGGGUUAUAGUAAUUGUAUAGGAAUGCUGGUUAGAUGCACUUUGUAUCUUGUUUCUAUAACACGAGAGAUCAUUGAAUAAUUUCUGGGUCUCUUGGGUCCGCCAGUGUUCGAGAGAGCAAAUCAGUUCGACUGACCACAUGCCAUCAAAGGGUGGCGUCCUGCAUCUUGAAACUGUUCAUCUCUAGUGUCUCGGCUUCCAAAUCGUUAACCUGCAGUAACAUGGAAGCCGCUCGAAUUCUGCAAAGAAACUCCCUGUUUUUGGCGUGUGUGGCCGCUGGUGGCUUGUUAUUGAGACAAUUGCCAUUGUUUAUCUGAGACAAAAUUGACUGCUUCGUUAGUGUUCCCACGCGACCUCUGGCAAUCGGAUAUCUUUGCUGUUCCUGGCAUUAGUCUUCUACCAUUUCGGUGUUUCACAAAGCAAAAGUUUAGGCAGUAUUAGACAUUGUUAUUGCAUUGCAAGUAGAUUGACUGGUUUAGAGUUGUGUUUCAUUGACAAAUUGUUGUUAUUCAUGUAAAACUAAUGAGGUUCCAAAUCAUGUUGUAUGGAUUUUGGGUGAGUUGAUUUAUUUGUUGCUCUUGUUAUGCGAA